GCCUUAAUAUUAGACUGUUUAUUCUCUAUCAUUAAUUGUUAAUUAUCAAAAAGAAGUCUUCUUAAUGGAAUAAUAAGGAAACUCAUUUACAAGAUAUCAAAAGGAAAGGUUUUUAAUAACUUUGAGAGAGAAGAGAUGUUCUUUAUAGGAUGAAAUGAAUUGAACAAAAACAUCCUCUGUUUCUCUCCAUUUCACAUUUCCUCAUCUGUAUCUUCUCCAUUAAUGAUUUCAAGAACAUCCAAUUUCAUUGUUUGAUCAGGACAAGAACACCAACAACAAGAACAAGAUCGUGUUCUGUCUUAGGAUUUUCAGACACAACAUAACUAAAGAGAUGGAAUCGGAUCUAGGGAAGCUCUUCAUUGGUGGGAUUUCAUGGGACACAGAUGAAGAAAAGCUAAGAGAGUAUUUCACCAACUAUGGUGAUGUUGUUGAAGCUGUGAUCAUGAGAGAUCGUGUCACAGGACGUGCACGUGGCUUUGGAUUCAUCGUCUUUGCUGAUCCAAACGUUGCAGAGAGAGUCAUCUUGGAGAAACACAUCAUCGAUGGCCGCACGGUUGAAGCCAAGAAGGCUGUGCCUAGAGAUGAUCAUCAGCACGUGUUGUUGAAACGACACGCGAGUCCUAUACACCUUAUGUCACCUGGUGGAAACAGGACAAGGAAGAUCUUUGUAGGUGGUUUACCAUCUAGCAUUACGGAGGCUGAGUUCAAGAACUACUUUGAUCAGUUCGGUGAAAUUUCUGACGUUGUGGUGAUGUAUGAUCAUAACACUCAGAGGCCAAGAGGGUUUGGUUUCAUUACUUUUGAUUCUGAUGAUGCUGUUGAUAGGGUUUUACACAAGACUUUCCAUGAGGUUAAUGGGAAGCUAGUUGAGGUUAAAAGAGCUGUUCCUAAGGAGGUUGGGGUGGUUUCCAACAUGAGAAGCCCGCUUCAUGGUGCUGGUAACUAUGGAGGUGGGUCUAAUAGGAUGAUGUCUGUUAAUAAUAGCUACUUCAACAACUUUGCUCCUGGUUCUGGUUAUUACAACGGUCUAGGAGGAGGAUCUCUUGGUGGUCGGUUUAGUCCUGUUAUUGGUAGCGGUAGAUUGAAUUUGAACUUGAAUCCUAGCUAUGAUGGAAUUACGUUUAACCGGCUCCCUAACAACCCUUACUUUAACGGCCCUUCUCCAAACCGUUACACUACUCCUAUUGGACACAACAGAACUGAAUCUCCUUACAGUUUGAGCAACAUAGACUUGUGGGGGAACAGAACAGACUCGGAAGGUUCUGGAUGGAACUUGAAUGUGUCUAGUGGAAACAACAGAGGGAACUGGGGACUUCCUUCUUCUGUUUUUGGUAAUGAUGACAGUGGCUAUGGGAGAAAUUAUGGGACAGGCUCUGGACUUUCCGCGUCUCCUUUUGAAGGUUCUAUAGGGGGAUUGUACAGAGGAGGUUCGGUUUAUAGCGACUCAACGUGGCAGGAUCAGCAGCAGCAGCUACCACCUCAGUCUUCUCAGGAGCUAGAAGCUUUCUCUUAUGGUUAUGACAUUGACAAUGUAGGUUCAGGCCCAACUGCGAAUGACUCAGAAGGUUACAAUGGAAGUUACAAUGUUGGAAAUAGACAAACUAAUAGAGGUAUUGCAACAUAGGUUAUCAAGAAACCAAGAAGAGGUUCCUGUGCCAAAAGGAAACCAACUUUUGUUGAUAACAUAGCAGCCAGAGAUACAACAAGAUUGAAUGAGUGAAAAUUUGCUUUCAAAGUUCUUCUCAAAAGCUUUUUUUUUUUUUUUUUUUUAAUAGAGAUAACCAAACAAAGAUUGUAGAAUUUUCUAUCAAGAUUCUUC